UCUCAACAACAACAUCAUCACCAUCAUCACCAUCAUCAACAACACCAACAACAUCAACAACAACAACAACAACAUCAUCGUAAUCUCGCCACCACGGCUGCCGUACUUCUGCAGCCGAUCGAGCACAUCAAGGACACCAUGAGGGGUAGCGACGAGCUUCUGUCGCAAAGUGGUGCAGUAAGCAAUGGUGCUGCUAUGAGUCCUCAGCCCCAUCACGCGGCUGACAACAACAAUGACGCUAAAAAGGUCAAACUCGACAAGAGCCACAAUGGCAAGCCGUCUAAAGUAGUUCAUAUAAGAAAUAUACCCAAUGAAAUAUCCGAGGCCGAGAUAAUACAUUUGGGUUUACCCUUUGGUCGUGUCACCAAUGUCCUCGUUCUCAAGGGUAAAAAUCAG